CGCGCGCCGCAUAGAAAACGGCAAGAGGGAGUAUUAACGCGCGGGGAGACCUCUGGCGGCACUGCUGGCAACUCUGUAAACAAGAAGUGACAGAAGGCAGUGGCACCCAAGGCAAGGCAGCAGUGACAAGGGUACGGGAGUGAUAGGCUGUGUGGCGGCGGGCAUGUCCUUCCUCUUUGAACCAUGAGGGACCGCUGAGACCUCCUUCCCUGCCUGCCCGGCCCUUCCAUGAGAGAAGAUGAAUCCCUACCAGUACCGGGCACCACCAGUAGGAAUCGAACUGGUGCCACGACCCCUCAAGAUGCGCCUCACUGUCCGUCCCCUCGGCGUGGGCUCGGGGUCCCACGCGCGGCAGGGAGCGUUGGGGCAGCUGCUAGGGGUGUCACUGGGGGUGGUGCUGGGGGUCAUCCUCACCUCCCUAAUGAAACACCUAAUACUCAAACCCCAUCUGUGUUUAUCCCGAAGGACUAUACCCGUGUACGACGAUAUGAAUGACGUGUUUAGGAUUGUGGGCCUCGAUAAGAGUAAAAAUGUGCAUAACAGUGCCAAGAAUCUCGUGUUUGUGGGGGUCAUGACGGCGAACAAGUACCUGGACAACCGUGCCAAAGCCGUGUACGAGACGUGGGGCAAGCAGCUACCGGGGAAAAUCGCAUUCUUUUCCUCGGAGACCUCAACCACGGACGAGGAUAUCCCCCUCAUUAGACUAAGCGGGGUGGACGACUCGUAUCCGCCGCAGAAGAAGUCGUUCAUGAUGCUCAAGUACAUGGCGGACCACUUCGCCGAUCACUUCGAGUACUUCAUGCGCUCUGACGACGAUGUAUACGUGCGACCUGACCGCCUGGAGCUGUUCCUUCGAUCGGUCAACAGCACACACCCGCAGUUCAUCGGCCAGGCGGGGAAGGGCACGCAGGAUGAGAUCGGUCUUCUGGCCCUCAAGACGGACGAGAACUUCUGCAUGGGCGGCCCUGGAGUCAUCAUGAGCCGUGCCACCCUCCGGCAGGUCGCCCCGCACGUCAGGGACUGCCUCAAGAACCUCAGGUCGACCCACGAGGACGUCGAAGUCGGCCGGUGUGUGAGGAAGUACGCGAAUGUCCCCUGCACGUGGUCCUACGAGAUGCAGAGUAUCCUGUACCACAACAGCAGCGGCACCGAGGCCUUCACGGGGCCCCUCAAGCAGCGAGAAGUGCACCGGGCCAUCACGCUGCACCCCGUCAAGAACCACACCCACAUGUACCGCCUCCACUCCUACGUCCAGGGGCUGGGCAUCCGGGCGGCGGAGGGCGAGGUGGUGCGUCUGAGCCGCGAGUUGGCGCUGACCAGCCAGGAGGCGGGGCUGCCGGCGCCGCGCCUCGACCUGCCCGCCGCCGGCACCUUCGUCAGCCACCUCGGCAUGGACGUGAGCCUCCAGAAGUGGAACGCCGGCCUGGAGGAGGAGGUGCUGCCCUGGGACUUUGUGAGCCGCGCCGCCUUCCAGCUCGGCGCCGCCAACCCCAGGCACAAGAUCACCUCCGGCUACAACGAGGGGCUCACUGAUGUCAUUAGGGACUUCAUGGACAUUAUCAACAGGGUCUCCAAGGAGCGUGGACGCGUCAUUGACUUCAAGGAGGUGUUGUAUGGCUACAUCCGGUGGCACCCCAGCCUGGCCAUGGAGUACAUCCUGGACAUGCUGCUCCUCUACAAGAAGUACCGGGGCAAGAAGAUGACCGUCCCAGUGCGGAGACACGCAUACAUGCAGGUUCCCCUCGGCCCCCUGUACGUGCGAGAGCUUGAACAAGAUCGUCUCCUUGAAUCCGUGAGUCCCACUUCCGCCAUUCAAGAGUUUGUGGAGGUUGUGGUGAAGAGCAGCCUCAAUGACCUCCAAAAACUUAGCUACAAGGUACCCUCUGCAGAGCCUUCUCCUCCCUCCCUGAAGCCAAAGAAAAUAUACUUCAUUUUACCUCUGGCAGGGAGACUGAAGACCUUCCAGCGGUUCAUGGAUAAUUUCAAGUCAGUGUGUCUGGAGCGAGAGGAGAAUGUUGUGUUAGUGGUCGUGUCCUUCCAGCCACCACUCGGAGAAGAGGACACAAGAGACCACAUGGAAGCACUCGUCUCCAGCCUCCAUCUAGACUUUCCAAAGACUGACAUGACUGUGCUCCAGGCUAAUACAAGCUUUUCCCGAGCAAUGGCUCUAGAACUGGGGGCCAACCUCUGCAAGGAGAGUGACCUUAUGUUGUUCAUUGAUGUGGACAUGACCUUCACCGCAGCCACCUUGGACAGGGUUCGCCUCCACACCAGGGAACGGCUGCAAAUUUACUACCCAAUUGUGUUCAGUGAGUUUGAUCCACAGUUUACAAGAGAGGGCAAGACGGAAGGUUAUGACCACAGCUUGAUCAACGAAGAGGUUGGGUACUGGCGAGCCUUUGGCUUUGGCAUUGUAUCCAUGUACAAGUCAGAUUUGAAAGCGGUCGGAGGACUCGACACUUCAAUACUUGGCUGGGGAGGAGAGGACGUUGACCUGUAUGAGAAGGUGCUUAAGAGUGAUAUGCAGAUCUUCCGUGCGGCUGAUCCGGGUCUAACUCACGUGUUUCACCGUGUGGCGUGUGACCACAAGCUGGACGCCUCACAGUACCAGAUGUGCCAAGGGACUCGCUACAGUACGUACGGUGCUGCUCAAGCCCUGGUCAGGACACUCCUGAAGAACCCGGACAUCCUGGCCUACAAAAGAUCAAGUCCAUAGUGCUUCCAGGCUGUAUGCUGCCAUAGUCAAUAGCUUAAGUCAUUACUUUUAUGGGAAAUAGUAGAGCACAGAGAGUAGCAGUAUUAUAAACUAUUUUUUCACUGUAAUUUAAUUUAUUUGUCAUUACUGUUUGUGUCCUGUACCCAUUUGAUUAGUAAUUUUUGUGAUACUACAGGUUAUUUCAAAACAAAAUACUCACAGAAUAUUUUAUUAUUCUUUUGUGGUUUUCUAAUAUUUCAUUUAAUACUGCCAACUGCUAAAGGAAGAAAAAUUGGCAGAUGGCCACUCAAAUUUUUUGCAUUUUCAUAAUUAAAAACCACAUAUGUAUCAUAUGCUUUAUUCUGACAACUACUUUCACUGAAAAAAGUGAGGCGGUUUCAAACAUUAUAAAAAAUGCAUAACCAUAAAUGAAUAGCAGAAAUAUAGAAAAAAAUAUAGGAGCUUCUCUCUGAUAAAGAAACUUGCAUUCCUACACCACUCUUUUGGAGUCAACAACUCAUAGUACAAUUGCAGGACCGUGUAGUAUGUAAGUGAAUAUUUUUCCACUGUAGAGGUUGCUGAAUGAACAAGACUUGCAACCUAAUUUUUACAAGCAUCAUCAUAUUUUUCCAAGCAUGUCAUUAGGCACAUAUCAUAAGGUGUACCAUGAGGCAGAUCUUGUGGAUUUGCCAGUUCAUUCUCAUCUGCAUGUGUAUCAUCCUGCAUAUUGCUCUGUUUCAUUUCUUUAUCAACGAGUCUAUCAUUGGGAACAUGCAACUGCGUUUUACCUCAUCCACCCUAUAGGACCAUUCCUGGGGGUCUUCCAAACAAGUUUCCAUGCAGGCCCCCUUCUCAUUUGAAGUAACUCACAGCAUUCCCUUGACCUCUUCCACAAGAGAUUGUCUCUUACAAAUACAUGCCAGUGAGCAGGGUCAACUUAUGAGUAGUGUACGACAUGCCCAUAUAGCUGGAGUUGGCAUUCAUGGACUAUGCAGGUAAUAGGCCUCAAUACAGGCUGAUGGAGUGAUCACCAAUUAGACAGAGUCAUUCCAACAAUAUCCCUUGAUUUAGAAAAGGCAAUUAUUUCCAAAGGCAUCAGUCUGCUUCUUCAAGUCAUUAUUUGUCCAUGUCUCACAGCCCUAAUGUAAGACAAGGAGCACAAGUGCCUUGAAGAUUCAAGUCUUCGUCCUACACAAAUAUCGACAAUGCUAUAUACUCGUGCUGAGCAAGUCCAUGACUCAAUGCCAAGCCAAUCUGCUGGAAGACUUCUUGGCAUACCCCUUGUUGUUUUGCAGUAUGUUAUUAACAAGGUAUAUGAAAUUUUCCAAGAUUUUUAUGUCAUAGCCAAACACAUGAACAGAAUGUACUGUUUCAUUCAAUAAGCAUUAAUUUCCAAUGUCUUAGCAUCCUCAUGCAGUGCUUUUUAAAGCCAUCACCAGAACCUCCAGUGACAUAACAAGGGUUACUGCAUCAUCGGCAAAAACAUGAUUGGUGACCCUGGCAUUACGAUUAGAUGCUCCACAAUGACCUUGGUCCACAAGUCUGCUUACUACCCAGUCCAUACGUGUUGAAAAAGGAUGGGGCAAGGAUGCAACCCUACCUCACUCCUGUGCGAAGAAGUUGGAUAUGUACCCCACACACUUCAAAGCACUCCAGUCCCAGAGUACAGGCCAGUCAACAGACCAAUAAUCCUUGCAGGAAUCCAGUUUGGCCACAAGAACUCCCAGAGUAUCUUGUGAUGCAUCUGCUGUUGGCAUCAGCGCUCCACCAGUACAUGAACUGUUAGGAUGCUGUAAGUUGUUCACUUACAAGAUAUUCAUCCUGACUGCUCUAAUCUUUGAACUUCAGCAUUUGACUACGAAGCUGCAUGAGCAAUAGAUGGGUAACCACCUUGCCUGGCACAGUGAGCAGUCUAACACGGUGGUAGCUGUUACAGUCCUGGCCUCCUUUCCCUUUCCAAAUAGGGACGACCAGCCCCCUCUUCCUGUCAGCAGGAAUGGUAACAUAGAGCAGUCAAGACUUCCUUCAUGAUUCUUUGAAAAUGAUUUAGAUUUAGAGUGUGUACUUUUGUCACCAUCAUCUUCAUCAUCAUCUCCCACAGUCACUCUAAACAUUAGGUGGAUAGUCAAAAUAGGAUCAGUUAAAACAAAUAGAAGCAAUAGAUGUAAGAGGAGGAAACACUCCUCAGAGAAGGAUCACCCAAUACACUAGGCCCCCUGCUGUCCAUACCCUCGCCAUGACUGAAAACAUCAUCGCCAAAAAUCUCUCACAGUCCAUCAGGUUUGGCGUCAGACAGUCAUUGUCAAGUUCUUUUCUUUAACUUUCCUUAAAUUGCCUUAUUUCUUAAAUUUUGCUGUUCAUAUUGCACUGCAGAUAUUUUUCAUUCAGGCCUAUGAGUUAUCAGUUUCCUUUCUCCCUUUACAUUUAAUCCAUGCUUAAGUCUCAGUCUUUCUUUUUUGUAAACACCCUUAGCAGCAUCCACCCUAGCCUUCCUUUCAUCAGUCUCAUCUUUCAUUCUUCCUAAACCUUCCUUCCUUCACCACUAUGUUCCCUGCCACACCUCCACCUCCCCACCAGUCAUGGCUCUCAGAUACCCAAACACUUCCACCACUUCAUUGGUUUCACACAUCAUUGGUAUAUAAGUUCCUUGGUUAGGUGAUACAUGUACCUAGUUGUUGUGGAGGAUCAGAACCCGACUGACUACGCAAGACGGAAUUCGUUGUAUGUAAGUAACUUUGACUCAUGAAACUACUUUGGCUCUUACAUAUUUCACCUACUUGGUUGUGAACUGAUAUUAAGAGUAUUUAUUUUUUUCAUUCACAGUUCCAGUUUUUUUGGGUACAAGUGAGGCCCCUUUCUUUAUUUUGGAAGGGCCUCCAAAUAUUUAUGAAAAAGAAUAGUGAAUCAGUUGAUGUUUAAUUUUUUAAGAUAAUCUGUUUACUCGGGGCCUGUUUUGUCUGUAUGCAUCCUCAAAUAUUUAUUAUGAGAAAGCUUAAUGGAUUAGUUGAUGUUUAGUAUUUUAAGAGCAUCUAACUACCCCUUGUAAAGCCUCAAGUGGGUACAUAAUGGACCCUAAAGCAUACUCUCAUUAGGGCCGCAAAGAAUCUAAAACCAGCCCUGUUUGUUCAUUCAAGGCACUGAUGAUAUGAAUGUAAUACAGCCAGGCCUUACAGGUGGUACAUAUACUUGCCUGUCUAAAAUUGAGUAUUGUGAUAAAAUGUGCUUGAGUGAGGCAGCUGUCUUUCCAAAUACUCUUCCAACUUAUACUCUUUUAUAGAUCUGAUCACCAGUCGCAGAUAUUCAAGGGAAGGGAGUGAAGUUAAGAAAUUCAUACGCACAGAAACUGAUUGACAUAUAAACAGAAUAAGAAAUCAACACACAAAGAAUCAAAGAGUAAGAAAGUAACACCCAGAGAAACAGAUUACCACAGAGAAACAAAGAGUGAGAAUUCAUUGCACAGAAAAACAGAUUAACGGACAGAAACUAACUGUAAGAAAUUAAAAAAACAUUGAAACAUAUUGACGCAGAAAAGAGUAAGAAAUCAACACACACAAAGAGAUUAACAGACAGAAACAAAGAGUAGAAUUUUAUUAAGCAAAGAAACAGAUCAACAGACUAUUUAAUACACAGAGAAUCAAAUUAACACUCAAAAACAAGGUGUAAGAAUUUGCUAUAAAGAAACAACACAGAAUCCAAUACAGGCAGAUUACCACUGAAACAAAUUGGUACACAGCGUAAUUGUAAUAGUGAGUUCCCUGUGUGUUUAUAGUGUGUGUAUCGUUGAACAGUGAGAUCUCAGACGCUGGUGAAUAACAUUGCCGAUAAGUACAUCCCCCCCUUUUUUUUAAGAGUACAGAUCUGGUGAACUAUUUUGUACUUUUCCACAAAAUAAAACUAUGCUGGAAAACUUA